GGUGAAGAACAUUAUGGCCAAUGAAGAAGGUAGUAGUAGCAACAACACCAACAGAACUAUCUGUAUGGAAAGAUAUGAAGUGGGUAAGGUCUUGGGCAAAGGAAAAUUCUCAGUGGUGAAGCUUGCAUGUAACGUUGUCACCGGAGACAAGGUAGCCAUCAAAAUUUUUGACAAAGAACAACUUCUCAAAGGAAGAAGCGGAAGGAUCAAGAGUCUCGUUAAGAAAAAGAUUAAACAAGAAAUAUCAAUACAGAGCAUGGUUAAACACCCGAAUGUGUUGCGUGUAAUUGAGAAGAAACUGUAUCAGAUAUAA